CCGGAGCCGGUAGAGGCGGAGGCGCGGCCGCCCCGGGAGGGCCCGCCGGGGUUUGGGCGCAGUGUCAGAAGUUUACAUGGAUCAGUGGUGCUUGCUCAAGAGUGACACUGGAGAUCAGCAUUAAGUCUGCUCCUCUGGAUUGAAUUGCAGACUUGAGGCUCUGGAUCCAACUCACACUAUCGGUGUUUUAUUGCUCCUUAUGGUGUAGCUGGUGAUCGUUCCUGAGAAGAGAGAAGAUGAUGAGUGAUGCAAGUGACAUGCUUGCUGCGGCUCUGGAGCAGAUGGAUGGCAUUAUAGCAGGUUCGAAGGCGCUGGAGUACUCCAACGGCAUCUUUGACUGCCAGUCCCCCACCUCCCCCUUCAUGGGGGGCCUGCGGGCGCUGCACCUGGUGGAGGACUUGCGGGGCUUGCUGGAGAUGAUGGAAGCAGACGAGAGAGAGGGGCUGCGCUGCCAGGUCCCGGACUCGACGGCAGAGGCUCUGAUCGAAUGGCUCCAAAGUCAAAUGACCAAUGGACACAUAUCUGGGAAUGGAGAUGUGUAUCAAGAAAGGCUGGCUCGUCUGGAAAACGAUAAGGAAUCUCUUGUUCUGCAAGUCAGUGUGCUUACAGACCAGGUGGAGGCCCAAGGAGAAAAGAUUCGGGAUCUGGAGUUCUGUCUAGAGGAGCACAGGGAGAAGCUGAACGCCACAGAAGAGAUGCUGCAGCAGGAGCUUUUAAGCAGAACAUCCCUUGAAACUCAGAAGCUGGAUCUUAUGGCAGAGAUUUCCACUCUGAAGUUAAAGCUUACAUCGGUAGAGAAGGAUAGACUGGACUAUGAGGACAGAUUCAGAGACACAGAGGAUUUGAUCCAGGAAAUAAAUGAAUUGCGGUUGAGAGUGGGAGAAAUGGACAAUGAAAGACUCCAGUAUGAGAAAAAACUGAAAACGACCAAAGAUGAGCUAGCAGCUUUGAAAGACAAACUAGAGCAGAAGGAAGCUGAGGUAAAAAGGUUGCAAGAAAAAUUGGUUUGCAAGCUGAAAGGAGAAGGAAUUGAAAUACUGGACAGAGAUGAAAAUUGUAAAAAGAAGCUCAAAGAUAAAAAUAUAGAGGUACAGAAAAUGAAGAAGGCGGUAGAAUCUCUAAUGGCAGCAAAUGAAGAGAAGGAUCGGAAGAUAGAAGAGCUUCGGCAAUCUCUGAAUAGGUACAAGAAAGUUCAAGACAUGGUGAUAUUGGCUCAAGGUAAAAAAGGCAAGGAAAGUGACAGUGAAGACUUCUUGAAUUCAGGGUCUGUUUCCACGGUUUUAUUGGACACACCAAGUCUGACUGACCCAGAGAAAAGCCCAUCCCCAACCCCAGUAACAGCAUCUCCAAUCCACGAUGAGUUUAACAUGAAUAUUCACGAAGAGAAUUCCUUACAGAUCCACACCAGUAUUUUACAGAUUUCAAUCCCUUCUUUUUCAUCAACAUCCAAGAGCUCAGAAACUGUUGCAGAGAAAGUAAAAACGCAGCCUAGGCCCGAUCCUGCAAGUGAAAGUGAAGGAAGAUCAACAGGUUCCUCCCCAGAAACUCAGCUGUGUGAUAGUCCAGUAACUUCUUCGCUGCAGAAGUCCAGCAGUCUGAGCAGUUUGAGAAAAGAGACAUCUGAAGUGGACAGAGACUCUGCACAGAAGCCAACAGAGGUUAAACCCCCUGUGGAAGGUAAUAAUUUCGCAACCCUCCCUCCAAAGUCUCCUUCUCAUGGUGGCACAGGCGACGAGGAUAGUUUUGGUACCCGUAAAGCCAGAUCUUCGUUUGGACGAGGCUUUUUCAAGAUAAAAAAUAACAAGAGGACUGCGAGUGCCCCCAAUCUGGAUCGCAGUCGAAGUGCAAGUGCUCCUACUUUAGCUGAAACGGAGAAGGGAUCUGCAGAUCACUUGGAUCUGGCUGGCUUGCCCCCUCGCCCAAAAGAAACGGAUAGUCUACAGAUGACUCCACCUUCUCCGGAUUCCAAGAAGAAGGCCAGGGGAAUCAAGAGGUUAUUUGGAAAACUUAAAAGAAGUCAGUCUACCACCUUCAACCCAGAUGACAUGUCCGAGACUGAGUUCAAAAGAGGAGGGACAAGAGCAACUGCGGGGCCACGACUGGGCUGGUCUCGAGACCUGGGGCAGUCUCACAGUGAGCUGGACAUGCCAUUCGCAAAGUGGACAAAGGAGCAGGUUUGCAAGUGGCUCCAGGACCAAGGGCUAGGCUCUUACAUAAGUAACGGCAAACACUGGAUACUGUCUGGGCAAACACUUCUUCAGGCUUCUCAGCAGGAUCUGGAAAAGGAGCUUGGGAUAAAGCACCCAUUGCAUCGGAAGAAGCUUCAGCUUGCUCUGCAGGCACUUGGAUCUGAAGAAGAAAACAAUCAUGGAAAACUGGAUUACCACUGGGUUACCAGGUGGCUGGAUGACAUUGGCCUCCCUCAGUAUAAGACCCAGUUUGAUGAAGGAAAGGUGGACGGCCGAAUGCUCCAUUACAUGAGUGUGGAUGACUUGCUGUCCUUGAAAGUUGUCAGUGUCCUCCACCACCUCAGCAUCAAAAGAGCCAUUCAGGUUUUGAGAAUAAAUAACUUUGAGCCCAACUGUCUGCGCAGGAGGCCAUCUGAUGAGAAUAACGUCACACCUUCUGAGGUCACCCAGUGGACCAAUCAUCGCGUGAUGGAGUGGUUACGCUCCGUUGAUCUGGCAGAGUAUGCACCUAACUUGCGGGGGAGCGGUGUGCAUGGGGGACUGAUGGUUUUGGAGCCUCGUUUCAAUGUAGAAACCAUGGCACAGUUGCUGAACAUCCCACCAAACAAGACGCUACUGAGACGGCACUUGGCGACUCAUUUCAACCUCCUCGUUGGGCAGGAGGCCCAGCAGCAGAAACGCGAAGCCAUGGAGUCCCCGGACUACGUCCUCUUAACAGCAACUGCCAAAGUAAAGCCAAAGAAACUUGCCUUCAGCAAUUUCGGGAGCCUGAGGAAGAAGAAGCAAGAUGAUGUGGAAGAGUAUGUGUGUCCUAUGGAGCUGGGGCGGGCAUCUGGAAGUGGGUCAAAGAAGGGUUUUAAGCCUGGCCUGGAUAUCCGAGUAUAUGACGAUGAUGAUUUGGACAGGCUGGAGCAGAUGGAAGAUUCAGAAGGGACAGUGAGGCAAAUAGGAGCGUUUUCUGAAGGCAUCAACAACUUGACACACAUGUUGAAAGAAGAUGAAAUGUUUAAAGACUUUGCGACUCGCUCUCCUAGCACCAGUAUAACAGAUGAGGACUCCAACGUGUGACAGUAACCACCAGGCACUGACAAAGGCUCACUUUCCUGCGUGCAAGAAAUGUCAUCAUUAUACGUGAUGGGCAGCAGAUCAUGUACAUUACAUUGCUCUUGCUUCUGUUUGUUAGAAGUAACAUUGGGGGGUGGAGAAUUUAAAAAAACAAAAAGGAGGGGAAAAAAAAAGGUGCCUACUCUAAAGUUGCCAUAAGAAACACCCAGACACUGGUGAAUGGUAAUUGUUUUUACUAUAUUUAAUGUACAAACUGGUGAUAUGUUUCAGAGUGUUGCAUUGAAAUUUACGUGGUAUGAUAGUGCUCCUUUUGCUUAUUCACGGUCUCAGAUAAUCCUUUAUACUGUUUCAAAAGAACAGAUGAUGUUAGGUAGAAGUAUUGCGUCUGUAGAUAUUGUGCAUCAGCUUUCUCUAGGCUCAGCUGAAAAAAGAUGUUACUGCUCUUUUUCAAGUGCAUUUGUUCGGCACAAAUACCAGUUCUGCCCUUCCUACAGUAUCCAAUGUAGGAUUUUAGUCAUCCAUGCCCUGCAUAAACUCCCCGGUAGCUCUUGACUGUUGCUAUUAUUUUUAUACUGUUUUAUAAAAAAAAAAGAAAAAAGAAGUAUAUGAAGUACAUAUAAAAGCAAAAAUUUAAAUUUUGUGAGAUAGAGUGAUGGAAAGUUUGAGGUGUGGGGGAAGGGGAGAGGGUUGUAAAAAAAAUUAUGCCAGUUUGCAUACCAGCUGGUUACUGGAAAAGGCAGGCUGACCUUUGGAACUGUUUGCUUUCGUUGCUUUUUACGAAGUGCACAGUUUAAUGAUCUUCCAUUUGGGAUGAAACAAUUAUCAAGCAUGUUUCUUCUAGCAGUGACUCGUAUGGAAACUGCAGAUUUUAAAAAGUCUUCUUUCUUGUUCCCAGCAGCAGUAGUUAUAGCAUUCAAACAAGAUUAUUAACACUUCUGUGACUUAAAAAAAUUUCCUUAAAGUUGAGACUACUCCCUGCGUAUGGAAGGGAUAUUUCUGUGCUGUGACUAACGUAAAGAUGGUGUAGUUGCAAAAAAAAAUAAAGUUAUAUAGAGAAAUGUAUAGGAAAUAUAUUAUUUCAUAAUAUUAAAUCUAAGGUGGGACUUUUUCUCCAAAAUUAAAAUAUCAAACAUGUUGCUCAUUAUUUUACCUUCUUAAAGCACAGCUCCUCUGCUUUUGAAGAUCAUGAGAUUUUAAAAAUCCUAAUUAGCCAGUGGAAAUCUUUUGUCAGACUUCCGGUAUUGCGAGGUGUCCUAGCCAAAAGCAAACAAAAAAAAGUAACUCUGUUUAUCACAGUGGUCAUUCGUAUGGUGUUGAACGUUGCAUGUAUUUUUAGCACAAUGGCAUGAAGCUUCUUUGCUUUGUAAAGGCAAAAAAAGUACAGCUGGAAUUGUUCCUUGCGGUGGUGUGCUGCUUUACCAAGCGUUUGUCACUCGUUUCAUCGCUCUCCUCGCUGGAAGUGAGACCGUUUCCGACACAUUGCUGGUGUGGUGCAAAGGAUGUUAGAUUUGCGCUGACUUUGUGGGUAUUAUUUCUGAAACGCUAUUAACAAAGCUAGGAAAGCAAGAACAGUUCUUUCAGGGGCUUCCAGGGAGCUCCCAUCAGAUGUUGGGGUAGAUUGGAGACAUAUUCUAUCAUUAUAUUAUUGUAACCCAAUAAGCUAUUACCAGCCUGGUUCUUUGGAGGAUGUGCAGUGUAGGCUAUUAUUUAUGUACCAAGAUGAAAAAUUUGAUGUGGACCGGUUGUGUUAUACAUAAUAUCAAGCACUGCCAUUUUCUCUUCAAUAACUGGAGCCAGGCAAAAAAUCCAUAAUGUAUACAUAAAAUAGUUUGUGCUGCUUACCGUUCGUCUACAAACAGAUCACAACUGAUGCUUUAUUCAAUAUUCCUGACUAAUUCCUGUCCGCAAAUAAUUUGCUGUCUGUUGUUUCUUCCUCUGCAGUCUUGGGGGUGUUUGAGCUAUUUUAUUUGGGCAGAAAUACCACAUUGUGUAAAGCCUGCCGUCAGCUUUAGGGUGUGGAUGCUUGGGAUGUGAAUUCAGGGCUCGCCUUCUGUGAAUACUCUGCAAUAUGGUUAUUAUUUACAUGUAAGUUGAGCUUAAGACCCUGCUCUCCCAAAUGCUGCAGAAGCACUGGGAAGACGUGGUGCAGGCUUCUGAGCAAAAGUAUUCCUCCAGAUUUGCUUUCACUGGACGCUGGCUAGUGAACAUGACUGGAUAUUCACAGGGGGGAAAAAAAGGGGGCUAGUGACACAAUAUUGUGUGCUGAAAUAGGCACAAACAAACACUCUCCGAUUUCUUUUCAGUCCAGUGCUAUUAGCAAGCGUAUCAGCAACGGCAGAUGAUGGUUUAUUUAAGUCCAGUGUAAGUAGCAUUCUGCUCCGAACAACCCUUUCCUGCAUUCACCGGUUGGAAGCCAGGUCAUCCCCGCGAAGCUGCCUGUCAUCUGAACCUUGGUUAUUUUACGGGGGUGGAAUAUGAAAGCAAGUGAUAAAAGUCAGGAAGUUUAUGUGCGCAUGUGCACACAAUUGAUGCCGUUGGGGUAUUUUAAUUUGUGCGUGUUUGAAGAGGGCAACAUAACUACUGUGUAUUGCUAUGUAAAAUCCAAUAAAGUCUGUGGAAAAUGUCAA